GUCACAUUCUCACUACUACAAACUAAAACUCUUUAUUCAAUUGAAGUCUCUCUUUCUUUCUCUAAAAUCUUUUGCAAUAGCUCUCUCUAGAAUCUCUCAUUCUACGAUGGCAAGCUCCAUGGCUGCGUUAAUGCUAGUAGCUGCAUUGUUAGUUAGCUCCGUCGUGGCUCAAUCUCCGGCAUCUUCUCCGACUAAGACGCCUGUAGCACCUUCUCCGAGGAAGACUUUGCCGGUUCCAUCAGUUUCUCCUUCUGCAAAUUCUCCACUGUCAUCUCCUCCUUCUCCCAUCGGAGGCGGCCAAUCUCCUUCACCCUCCGCCGGUAUCAGCUCUCCUCCAUCUUCUUCUCCGUCCCCCUCUGGCUCGCCGUCCAGCUCUCCUUCCGAUAUCACUCCCUCAUCCAUCUCCGGUUCUCCAUCUGAAGCUCCUAGUCCUUCUGGAAACCCUGGAAGUGGCGCCGCCGAAUUGAACAGAUUCACCGCCGCUGGAUUUGCUGCCGCCGUAGUUGUAGCUGGGGCGUUAUUGAUGUAGAGCGAUUUGCACCGAGAGUUAUAUUUAUUUUUUAUAUUAUUAAUUAUUUAGUACCAUGAAAAUUUACAUGUAUGGUGGACUCUUUGUACUUCAUUUUUUUGGAUGCUCUUUUCGGCGGUGUGAGACGAUUCAUUAAUUUGAUUAUUUUUGUGUAUUCUACAUUUCUACUUACUCUGAUGAAUGAUACACUUUUAUUAUUGUUACCA